AUCCAUAGGGACGAAAACAGUUAUUACGAGUGCUUGUCACGACAGAAAAAAAGCUACCCAAAUAGCACAGUCUAUAAAGACUUUAUUUGUGUUUUGAAUAUUUUAAAAGUGACAACAAAUUGUUUUAUCUAGUUAUUCAAUCAACCAAUAGUAAAUUUAUUAUAUUACACACAAAAGUAUGUCCAUGAAUUACACAUGUAAUCAAUUCGACAAAGCGUAUCAACCGACGAGAUUGGGAAAUUGGGAAGUUCCGAAAUGGCAUCUCAACCGUCCGAAGGGCCGUUCAACCGUUACGAAAGUCAUUGCUAACGACAAGGGACAUUUGCUGCCUGGGGUGCAAAAAACUGAUCAGAAGCACUGGGCUGGUCUCUACUUGGGAACAUAUCAGUUGCCGAAACGAAUCUCAAAAGAAAUCGCUGCAGAACUGUCCGGUCCGAAAUGUCAGACGUGGAUGAAACGUUCGUAUCACCAUCCGUUCAUCGACCGUGGUCAACGAAACAAGACCGAUAACGGCGAGAACAAUAAUAAACUGGAACAAAUUAAUGCCAAUAAAGAAGAACAACAACAACAACCUAUAGUGAACGAAGAUACCGACAGGGAUUCGAUAAAAUCCAUAAAGUCUGCGAUGUCGGAUAUGCGAGCGCCAAACAUUUCCAGGAUCAACACGAUCAGGAAUUGUGCGUCGGCGGACGGCCGCGGACCUUUGAAUUCGACUACAGACGUAGUCAACGACGGCGACGGACGCCGCGACAACGGCGGCGCUCGAAGGACCAGACAGCGCGAAACGGUCGGGGGCAGCGACGGUGGCGGUGCGAAAACCCCGUCCAGCCCAGCGCUGAGCCGCAUAAGCGCGAGCUGCGGCCACCUGCAGACCGCGGGCGUGGACGGCGACGACGCACUGCCGCCGGCGAUCGUCGACCAUCAGGUACCUACGGGACGCCGGUACGGGGACGCGCAGAGACACCACGGGCUGCCGGACGCCAUCGAAGACGCGGUGUACCGGUCGCUGCAGACCAAGCGACACAAACACCCGGGACUGGGACUGAACGGCUGCUGGCCCAAGUGUUCCGCGGUGGCGUACAAGUCGUUCAACGACCCGGGCCCGACGCAGUGCAGCAAGCUUCGGGUGUACAGGCCGAAAACGUCGUCGUCGUCGUCGCCUCCGUCGUCGGCCGGCGACGAGAAAAAAGAUCCGACCCGGAGGCGUAACAAAAACCCGUCGCGACCGAAGACUUGCGGACCCGUCAUGACGGCCCAACAGUUGACCGACAUCAAGCUGGCUCUGUGCUGGGACUUGGACGCUCCGUUCGACCGGAACCGACCGCCACGGCCUCCCGACGAGCCGGCCGUGUUUCACAAGGUCCGGCAGCAACAGCAAUUGCAGCAGCCGUGCGGGGGAGGCGCGGCACCGGCGAACGUAAAACCGCAAAAUUCGUCAGCCGUCAUGGGAUUCGUGCAAACGGCGGGGGAGGCGAGAAACUGCAGCGACGACGAAGUCGUGCCGGAAGCGCGGCGGACGCAAACGCGCGAGUGUCUGAUGAAAAACCGCAAUCUGUCGGCCGUAAUGGAACUGAUACCGAACAAAGAUCGCGAAAGUAAACCCGCCGCUGCGGCUACGACGGCGGACGGCGAAGUCACCGCACCGGCCGUCACCGCGGACCAAACCGUUCUUUCGAACAAACAGUCUUCGUCGUCGUCGUCGUUGUCGGAAUGUCGUGGCAAAAACGGUUUGAUGGACGAUAAUGACGACGACGGCGACGUCUGCAAAGCCGACGGACGCUACGAAGUUGAGCACAAGUCGGACCGACUAGGUUCGGACGAGCGGUGUCGGGUCGUCGGUUCGCCGUCCGACCGUCGUCGCGAUCAUCGGACGACACAACACCACCACCACUGCACUUCUGCCCCCGAAAAGGAACUGAAACCCAAGCGGCAUGGCAGACACGCCUAUCGACCUUGUCUGGCCUGCGACAAUCCGAAUAUCGCGACGGCCAACUGCAAGAGGGACGACGAAUGCGAACACUACAAGAUGGCGUUCAAGGCGGGCGUGCCGGUCAGCACGCCGGUCAGACUGCGGACGGCCGCAGCCGGAAAACCUGCCAAGCACCUUAAAGUGCCCAAACCAAAGACCACCAAUUCGGACAAGAAGAAAUACGUCAUCGGCACUCUGCUGCCGCCGUUCUCCAUGUGGCCGGGAACCACGGCCCGCGACUACCCGGAACACUGGAGGCUCACGUCCGUGUACAGGCAAGCGUUCAAGCCGCUUGAGCUGCGCAAACAGCCCCUGCUCCAGACCGUUUACCUGUAGACGACGACGGUGUGCAAAGUGUGGGAAGGGGCGCAGUGAGCUUAUAUAAAUUUAGGCACUACUGUACCGUAGGCAGUAUUUUGAAUGUUAUUAUGUAAAAACGAUUGUGCGUUUGUAAGUAUAUACCUUGGUAUAACCUAUGGCAACCGCCGACCGCACGAAGUUAUCAAAGCCGUCGCCGUCGCCGUGUUCGCAUAAUAUUAGGUUCGUUUUCCGAUAUUGGAUUUUAUUUUUGUUAUGUAGAGUAGAACCUCCAAAAAAUAAAUCUGUUACAGCGCUUGCCGAGUCAGCUAGUAUGUAUGACAUACGAAUUCUAAUUCGAGUUUUAUGUACAUAAUAUCUGCGAGAUUUGAACUAUCAUUCGUGUUUUCUGCAAGUCGCACGAGACCAUGCUAAGGCAGUUUUCAAGAUUUUUUAAUGAAAAGAACUUCUCAGUUUAAAGUGAAUAAUUGUUUAAAAGCAUUCUAACUUUCAAAAUUCCUAUUAACGAAACAGUUUUUUGUUGGCCAUAGUGGUUAUUCUUACUCCUAAAUUAUUAGGUAUUCGAAAAUUCCGAAAUAUUCAAAAUGCACUGCAAGUAUACGUAUUUUUGCUAUCCAUUUGAAUUUUAGCGUUAAUUCUAGUGCCUACCUAUACGUACAAGACUUGUACAGGGCCACACAUUAUUCUAGGAGGGGCAAGCUCUAAUUUUGCCGCCACUCUUUCCAUCACUCAGCCUCAAUAAUUUACAUAUUUUGCCGCCCGGGGCAAAAGACCCCCCUAGGCCCCCCUAGCUGCGGCCCUGCAAGUGUACAACUGUUUUGAAUUUGUUUGCUGCUCAUAAUCAUAAUUUAGACUUUUUUGUAAACUAUUUUUCAUUCAAUUGGUUUUGUACACGCGAUUAAUUUGAAUUUUUUAUCUUCACUUGUCAGGAUUUUUUUUACAUCGGUUUACCCGGAAAUUAUUUUUUCGUGUUUAAGGCUGCAGCUAACGCAUUUUUUAGUCCCGCACAUCUUAAUCAUAGCUAGUAAUAAUUCUAUUUAACAACACGUAAUUACAAUUAAAAUAUUAAUUUAAGCAAUAUUAUGUUAUACCUAAUAUAGUAAUAUUAUUGUC